CACAUUUUGCUGGGAAAUGUAGUCGAUCAUAACAACGCGAUCGACCAACUGUCAACGGUAAACGGUUUUGAAAAACUACGGUACCCAUAAUGCAGCCCGACCAGGGACAGUUCACUGAUUGGCGAUCGGAUAUACAGCUGCAGAAGAAAGUUAAAACAAACACAGAGAAGUGUGCCAGUUUGUACUGUUUUACUUUACUUUUGCAGUAUGUCUGAAUACCCCACCUUCCAGUAUGGUCAACCCCGUUUCAACCAGCACACAUUCUUUGGACGGUUCAGACACUUUCUGGAUGUGAUUGACCCGAGCACACUGUUUGUGACAGAGAAACAGCUGCAGGAGUGUGUGGAGAUGCUUGACAGUUUCAAACGAGGGACUCUGCCCCCCGGAGUGACAGAUGCUCAGCUGUGGCAAGCUCAGAAGAUAAAGCAGGCCAUUAUCCACCCCGACACAGGGGAGAAGAUCCUCAUGCCCUUUCGGAUGUCAGGUUUUAUCCCUUUUGGCACACCAGUGGUCAUCGGCCUCCUUCUCCCAAACCAAACACUGAUGUCAACUAUCUUUUGGCAGUGGUUAAACCAGAGUCACAAUGCCUGCGUUAACUACUGCAACCGCAACGCUUCCAAGCCCGCUCCAGUCUCCAAAUUCCUCCAGGGUUAUGCCGGGGCGGUGUCCAGCGCUGUAUCUAUCGCUGUCGGGCUGAACGUUUUAAUCCAGAGAGCUGGUCGCUUUAGUCCAACCACCAGGCUUUUGGUUCAGAGGUUCAUCCCAUUUCCUGCUGUGGCGAGCGCAAACGUCUGCAACGUGGUGCUGAUGAGACACUCUGAGCUGUCAGAGGGCAUCAGCGUGCUCGACGAUAAGGGCAAAGUAGUGGGGACUUCCAAAGUGGCUGCCAGGCAUGCACUUCUGGAGACAGCCCUGACCAGAGUGGUCCUGCCCAUGCCUAUUCUGGUGCUUCCUCCCUUGAUCAUGACUGUAUUGGAAAAGCUCCCUCUCCUGCAAAAACACCGGAGGCUCGUGCUGCCUGUCCACAGCCUGGUGGUUCUCUCUGCCUUUAGCUUGGCUCUGCCCCUCGCCAUCAGCCUCUUCCCGCAGAUGUCUCAGAUCAGUGUGAAUCAACUGGAGCCAGAGAUCGCUAUGGCAACAGAUUGUCAGAUUGUGACAUACAAUAAAGGACUGUGAGAGAUCUCCGCCGACAUUUGAGUGAAGAAAGGCCCGCUGCUCAUCAUGGGUCGACCCGUCUGAAGCUGCCAGGGAAAUACUGUGGAGGAGGAGGUAACAUAUGUUUACAGAGAUGCUGAUGCUGAGCGCGCAUGCUAGUGCCUCCAUAACGGUCUUUCAAUAAGCAGAAAGGGUGAUGGGGAAAUGCACAACAGCUCCUAAGUAUUAGCAAAAUAGCAGCAUGGACACUUAACCAAGGAAUGAUUAAUUAAUAAUAGCUGUUUCAUGACUUGCAGUCUAGACUGUACAAUGUAUGUGACCUUUUAGAAAUUUUUGUUUUUUUCCCUCUUUGUACAUCUUAAACAGUUUUUUAUAGAUUACAAAAUGAAUUGCAUUUUUUUCUUUUUAUUCUCUUUGGACAUUUUCAUUUACUCAGUUUUUCCUUAGAGGUAAUUGUGAGUCAUCAUCAGAUGCCAGGCAGUGUACUUUGUAAUAACUAAUAUGUAUUUUAGAGGACAGUGAAAUAGUGAGAGGAAAUUGUGUGGGAUGAGUCCCAAGCUCUCCCCAAACAAGCUCUCCUGCACGGAGCUCUGUGUAAAAACACCUCCCACCUGCCCUCCUCUCUCAUGUUGAGCCUUCAGGCUAAAUAAAUAAUAUCACAUAUGUACAUUAUGAUGGAGCAAAUGUCAUCAUCAUGACAGACAACUGGAUUUGAGUCACCCUUUUUGUAACCUAAGACGCAUGUGUGCAGAAGAAUAACUAGGGGAAAAAACUAGGGUGUUUUGUUAUGCAACAGCAACAUUUUGUGGAUUUAUGUCGCUGUUACACACAGUCAUUUGACCAGAAGAUGGUGGUGAAGACAGUGUUUAACAAAUAGAUAUUUUUCUAUUAUCACAAUCGUAUUAUCUUUCAGAAAAAAUCAGUGUUGAUUUUAAUUGCCCUCCACACUUCGUAAGCUAUUCAAAUUCAGAUUUCUGGAGAAAAAAACUUUUUUUGUAAUUA